AAAUCUAAGCAACAAACAGUUUUUUUUUUUAAAAAAAGAAAGUGAAAGACAAGGACAUACAUGCCCAUCACUAUACAAUGAUGGAACAAUCAAGUUGGACAUUGGCACUCCAAAUAAUAUCUUCAAUUGUUGCAAAUAGGAAACACCUAUUUCACUACAAUCAAAUUCACAUAGGGAGAAGGAGGAGGAGGAGGAGGAGGAGGUUGUAGAGUUUAGUUUAUAUUUGCUUCUUACACUUUAGCCUGCCUUUUUUAUUUCAAUGUCGUUUGGUGAUCCCCUUCUCCCUAAAGUGAACAAAGAUGAAAAGUUGGUGACUGAUAUUCCUAUUUCUUCACAUCAAUAAAUUGUGCUCAUUUCACCUGUUGAGCAAGCUGCAGAUUCAUGGUUUCAAGUAGGAAUUGUUUUGGGGACUGGUAUCAACAGUGCCUUUGCUCUCGGAUAUGCUGGCACAAUUAUGGUUCCUCUAGGUUGGCUUGGUGGUGUGGUUGGUUUGAUAUUAUCAUCAGCUAUAUCACUAUAUGCUAGUACUCUUGUUGCUAAACUUCAUGAAUACGGAGGAAGGAGGCAUAUAAGAUAUAGAGACCUUGCGGGAUUCAUAUAUGGACAGACAGCCUAUUCACUCGUUUGGGCAUUACAGUAUGCAAAUCUUUUCUUGAUAAACGCUGGAUUUGUCAUUUUGGGUGGACAGGCAUUAAAGGCUUUCUAUGUUCUCUUUAGGGAUGAUCAUCAGAUGAAAUUGCCGCACUUCAUUGCGCUGGCUGGGUUCGCCUGUGUCCUUUUUGCCAUUGCUAUACCCCAUUUGUCAGCUUUAAGGGCUUGGCUGGGGUUUUCAACAUUUUUCAGUCUAGUGUAUGUUUGUAUAGCGAUUGCUUUGUCUCUUAAAGACGGUCUUGCAGCACCUCCUAGAGACUACAGCAUUCCAGGAACCAAAAGCAGUAAAAUUUGGGCAACGAUUGGUGCUGCUGCUAACCUUGUUUUUGCAUAUAACACAGGAAUGCUUCCCGAGAUACAGGCCACUGUGAGAGAACCAGUUGUCAAUAACAUGAUAAAAGCCCUUAACUUUCAGUUCACUGUAGGAGUUGUUCCAAUGCAUGCUGUUACUUACAUUGGAUAUUGGGCUUAUGGAUCAAGUGCAUCUUCGUAUUUGCUGAACAACGUUAGUGGUCCAAUUUGGUUAAAGGGAAUGGCCAACAUUGCUGCUUUCUUGCAAGCUAUCAUUGCGUUGCAUAUAUUUGCAAGUCCGACGUACGAGUUCUUGGAUACCAAGUAUGGAGUUAGAGGGAGUGCACUGGCUUGUAAAAAUUUGGCAUUCAGAGUCAUUGUUAGAGGUGGUUAUAUAGCCAUUACUGCAUUCCUCUCUGCCCUAUUGCCUUUUCUGGGAGACUUCAUGAGCCUUACAGGUGCUAUCAGUACAUUUCCACUCACAUUUAUACUUCCAAAUCAUAUGUACAUUGUUGCUAGGAGAAAGAAGCUGUCAUUAUUACAGAAGAGUUGGCAUUGGCUCAAUAUUUGUUUCUUUAGUUGUAUAGCAGUUGCUGCAUUAGUAGCUGCAUUGAAGCUCAUUACUGUAGACUCCAAAACAUACCAUGUAUUUGCUGACUUAUAAUUUUUAUUUUUUAGUAUUUGAGGGGAUAAUGUUCCCUUCUUUGGGGGUCAUUUAUAUGUAAAUGUUAAAUUAUUCAGUUACAAUAAAUGCCUUCUGAUUUUGUAGUCA